AUGAAGCAACUAAACAUGUACCUAUUGACCUUUUCGAUGUUUUCACUUACGGCUAUCGCACAAGGUUCAAAUCGGUUGUCGGAGCCCGAUUUUAAGGCUGCUAAUUUCGCAAAGGCGAUAGAAGAUCGAAAACUCAACGGGAGUGUCCUCAGAGACUUUGAGGUCGCGUCUGAGAUCUCUUGUCAGUUUGAAUGUAUCUCUGAAGAGCGAUGUUUAUCUUACAACUUCCUUCCCAUCCAUGGCAAAGAGAUAAGUAUAUGCCAACUAAGUGACUCGGACCGCUUUAUCAGUGGCGUGAAUUUUACGAAAGAGGAUGGAGCUAUUUACAGAGGAAUACAGGUGACAAUACUGAAUUAUUUAAUGGAGUCUGCCCUUCAGAUGGGAAUUUGUGAAAAAUAGUUGUUUUGAUGAACUUGAAUGUCAUCUGGCUCGUUUUAAGUGUAUUUCCUUCGGUGUAAAUGUACUGCUGAGUGUUUAGGAAUUCCAUACGUGUACUGUCUCUAUCUACCUUAAUGAAUUACCAGUUGAUAAUGAAUGAUUGUUUUACCUCUCUGUCGACACAUUACAGCUAUUUACGUAAAAACCAACUAUGAUCUGCCAAAGUUAUUGGUGCCUUAAAGUACCUGUCAAAAAAGGCAGGGUUUCUUGUCAGAAAAGAUAAUGCUACACUAUAGUGAUCUUUCGAGGACAAACUUUACUGUGAAAUGAAAUCAUAUAAUCUAAAUUAUAUGGAGACUUUCGUUUGACAAAGUGAAAAAUUAAUUAAUAACAAAAAGCUGAAAUAUAGAUAAACCGUAGCAGACACUCAAAUGACUGUAAAGGGAAUACAAUCGAGUCUUCAUUUUCACCUUUGUGAGAUUAGUUUGUUCUUAGACUUUGCAAAAAUAAAACUGUCCCAGCUUUUUCUCUUCAAAGAUAUAAGAUCGACAAAAGGCAGGAAGUUCUUAGCCCACUUAACGAAAAAGUCCUCCCUCAACUUUAAAGUAUGAAUACAUAUGUAAGGCAAUUUUAUUUCCUUACUUUUAGAGCACCUGCGAACAAGAUAUUCCGUGCACGGAGAAUGAAAUAUGUGUGGUUGACUACAGAUCAAACACUCACUUUUGUAAGUGUAGCAGAGGUAAGGAUAGACGUGGUUAGAUCUUCGUAGUUUAACAGCUAUGGAUUUACACAGUUGGGGAUGGAUUUUCUCUAACAGAGUAAACGGUGAACGGUUUAAUUGAGACGCUUUUAAGUGCCGAGGUGCAGAUUCAACUAGGAAAUAAGAAUUCGAAUAUAACAAACAGUUGGAUGGCGAGGGAGAACAUCAACUCACGUCCACUCUGUUGGAGAGAGAGAGGAAAUCCCCUAAACUAAUAUGCAAUAAUAAUAUUCCGCAUGAAGUAAGAAAUUUUGUGGUCAGUUAUGACGGAAACAAAUAGGGUUGAGACAGGACAUUUUCAUUUCACGCUUUGCAGGAUGCUAUAACACCAAUAUAUGAUUUGGAAAAAAAACACUUCAGGUGACUGAUAUAUCGGCUGGUAAUGUCCGCGGCCAAGAUGUUUAGCACGCUGGAACAUGCCGGGACAUGCCGGAAAAAUGUGGGAACAUGCCUGAAAACGAGGAAUAUCCUAGAAAAUACCAGAACACCGGAACAUGCCGGAACACCGCGGAAAAACUAAUAAAAAAACUUUAAGAUUCGAUGAAAAAAUAUAGUUCAUGGUCACCCGGUGUUCCAGGUCUUAACACGUGCCGAGAUAUUUGUCAGAAAAAUGAAUAAUUGGUAGGAAAGCAAAACUUUGAGGACACUGUCUCAGUCAAGGACGUUAUCAGCCUACAGACCAGCAAGCCAGAUGGGUUUUAUUAUUAAUUUUAGAACCCUUCCAUUACUUGUCGUAAAGCAAGUUGAAAGCAAAUUUUGUCGACUUCUUUGUACUUUUGGAGCAGAAUUUCAGAUCAGCUUUUUAGUGUCACUAUUACUGGACUCAACAAAACGAGUUCUUUUUCUUCCAUGUAAAGUGAUAAAGAUGAAAAAGUGAAAUUCUUGACAUAAGUUUUUCCGCUGGCUUUGUUUCUUUCCGAUGGAAAUAAUUGGGGGACCAAUGCAGACGUAGACGGGGGUUAUUGUGUGAUAACUGUCCGGUGAGUUUACAACACAUGACUAACUAUGAAGUAGCUAAUUUAAUUGCGCAGAAAAUGGAAAGGUGGGUUAUAGAAGUCGGUAACUUUAUACUCUCAAAGGAUUACACCUUUGGGUUUCUAUUCCAAAGAUUGUCCAAGGAACUGUCUUGACCAUUAUCAAAAUGGCUCCACUUCCGACGGAGUGUAUUUGAUUUACCCUGAUGAAGAACAACCCUUCCAAGUACUGUGUGACAUGACAACUAAUGGUGGAGGCUGGACCACCUUUCAAAGGCGCAUGGAUGGCUCUGUAGACUUUUAUGUCGACUGGGAAUCUUUCAAAAAAGGCUUUGGAAAUCUGGAGGGCGAGUUUUGACUUGGGAAUGACUACCUUCACCGUCUCACUGCAUCUGCCAACAUGGUGUUUCGAAUUGAUAUGGAGGAUUACGAAGGCGACCGAAGAUUUGCCGAGUACACGACUUUCUUUGUGGCCGACGAAAGCAAUGAUUACCGGGUAAUGAUCGAUACAUACCCUAUCAGGUUUGUUUCAGGCAUUUCAGUUUUUCGUAUAAUGCUUAGCGAAUAGUAAUAUAAAGCUAACCCUGAGAGCUCUGCGCAAGAACCGAGAAAAAUAUUCAUUACCCGCUGAAGAUGAAGAUCUCUACACUUAUUCAAGUUAAACAUCUCUUUCUUAGAAUGUACUGCUACAGGCAACAUUGCUGAUCAAAAGAUCCAACUUAUAUCUGACGCAUAUUGCUGACAAUUAUAGCUCCUUUUGAAUUGGUGCUAGUACAUUCCUCUACGCUACAUUAUUAACCAUAAAAUGCAUUUUGUUGAUUCCUAACGUUAACAUUUGUCUUUCACUUGCCUGAUGGGGGAAUGUUCUUUUUCUACACUUGCUGACAAUGCAGCCUUAUUGCUGAACAUACAAUGUUAUCAGUAGCAUUGUUGUUCAGCUCUUCCACAGUUUCUUACAAAAUUCUUUUUUCAUAUCAGAAAUAUGAAGUUUACAACCAAGGACAGAGACAACGACGUCGAUAACAGUAAGAAUUGUGCCUUGCACUAUAAAGGCGCCUGGUGGUACAACUACUGCCAUAACGCAAAUCCAAAUGGUUUGUACCAAGGUGGAGGUAACGCACAAGGAAUUACAUGGGAACCAUUUCGGGGACAAGAUUAUUCGUUAAAGCACAUCGAGAUCAAACUUCGACCAGCAUGAUUUGUAUCUUAGAAGUUGCGUGUUGAAGCCUUCAGCAGACUAUAAUGAAAAUACAGUGUAAUAACAACAACAAUGAUAAUGAUGAUAAGAAUUACUAUAGUAAUUGUAAUAAUCCUAAUAAUUAUAACAAUUAUAAUAAUUAUAAUAAUUCUAAAAAAUUCAUUAUAAUGAAAAUGCACAUCAAGAUGUUCCAUUGCAAAUAAAUAGAAGGUCUGAAAAGUAGAAAAAAUAUGAGAAAACGAAGACUUCAUAUUGAUGACGAAAUCAUAAUUAAAAGUGAAUUUAUUAAAACAGCUUUGGUCCUAAACAGGAUCUGCUUCUGAGGUGAACGUAUCUUUUUAUUAUCUUUAUUAUUAUUAUUAUUAUUAUUAUUAAUAUUUCUUUUUAAAUAAAGCGCACACAUGAUUCUUUCACAACUGCGAUAGAAAAAAUUACGUAAAUAAUCCUCAUGUUUUAAUCAAGAUUAAUCUUAAGAUUCGUGAAUAACAUAAUCAACUGAUAUGUAGCUUUUAUUGCAAAACUUUUUUAUAAACUUUGCAUGGUUUGGUAAGGUCACAAAUACUAGCUGCAUAAACUGAAAGGCCAAGAAACAUUUUUGAAAGCACAAUCGCACGAAAAGAUUACCUAUUAACUUUAAGGGGACUCUUCUUUGCGCAAGCUUUUGACUAUAAUCAAAAUAUUUUGGCCUUAUAGAACUUCACCUUGACAUGCAAACUAAACUUGCAAUUAAUUUCUAUCGUAACUCCUUAUAAACGGAGGCUGCCAUACUGCUUGAUAUUAUAUUAUAUGAAGAAAGGUGCUAGUACUUGAUUUACCUCAAUUUCUUAUGUAGGAAUAGGGAUCAAUUCCCUGCAGUUACUGUUGUUGCAGAGCAAGUCGUUUGCAUCACUUCAGUCCAAUAUAGACAAAGAAAUGUCAUACAUAUCUGGUGAAAAUCUUCACCUAUCAAGAGAUAGAGAUAUCUUCCAUGUGAUUAAUAAGUGUGUAAUAGUUAUAAUAAAGCUU